AUGGACUCGUUUAAAGAUUUGUUAACAGAAACCGUUGGUCAUAUCAAGCGCGCUAACGAAUAUUUUGCCGAGCAGCAGAUGAAAGAAAUUAAGAAACUAAAGUAUAGCGAACCACGUAAGUUCAAGAAGAAGGCCAACGAAGACCAGUUUCAAAGGAUCCACAGUGCAGAAUUUUGCGGCCAUGUAGCGUACUAGGCCGCUAAGAAGAAGAAGAAGACCACUCUUUCAACUCUCAACAACAGAUCCUCGCCAGUGGGAACGCCGGCGUCCACCUCAAGUUCACAGAUGCAACCCCAGCCUCUUAUGUCAAACGUUCCUGUUUUUCGCCUUCUCGUCGACCCAGUGUCGGGACCUGUUUUGCCUGUGGAAAGCGUUCCUGUUACCCGACGAUGGACAAGCCAAACAUCCCAAACGGCUUCAUGAAGGACAACAAUCAGGUGCAGUCUAUUCUAAUUUAGUACUGAACUUUUUAAGCGGCAAGGCAUAAUAUGGAUCAGGAUUGUCUCGAUGUUAUACCAGUUUCUUCUGACGUUCACCCCGCUAGUUUUAGGCGCGGUUUAGAGCUCUGAGUGUACCGUUGAUAUUUCUAUUCUACCUUCAGUUUGGGGAAUAUUUUUCAUAGUGAUCUUUUUCUGGCAUACUUUGCUAGUUUCUCUGUUCAUUUUGAAUGUUAUUAGUCUAAGUUACAAAAUUCCCUUCUUCCAGCUUUUUAUGUUUUUUUACUAAUCCUACAAUGCCUCUGCACGUGUUUACAGUUCUUUUUGUCCGUAGCUGUUAAUGAGCUUCCCAGUCUCAACCUCCUUUCAGAAAUUUUUUGCAUUCCAAUAUCAUUUACCCGCUUUCUGUUUGACCCGCCGCUCCGUCCAACAAAGGUUAAUCCUGGAUUUUAGGCACGUUUGCACCUUUUUCUACAAACAGAAAUUCACGUGCGAAGACUUAUCCAUGGCCACUUAAAUUUUUGAGAUGGGUUUUUAUUUAUUUAUAUUUUAUCCGCUAGUGCGGUUAUCGUAAUUUUCCCUGAUCACUGGUAUUUCCUUGCGUUCACCUGGGAUCUCGGCACCUCGAUUUUUAGGUAUUCUCUACUUUGUGCGCUUCCCUUUGGGUUCUUGUCAGCCUCCCUCAAACCGCUUCAGAAGUCAAGAAGAAGCCAAGGUAUCCCUACUGCCAUUUUUCUUUACUAUGGUCUAGCUAUAGGAGGAGGAGCCUAUCGCGUUCAGGCCAAAAUUUACAGUUUGCGGGCUGUCCAUGCCGAUUUGCCUUAGUCUCGCUUUGUUCGAAUUCCUAAUAAGGAUAAGUCCCUGUUGGAGCCCGUUCAAAUUUUCUCGUGGCUUCGUGUUAUAAUACUCUCGAUGGAAGUAUUAGAGCCACGGAUGAACGCAUUGCUAAAUUGUCUCACGACCUGGUGGCUUUGUCUUCAUAAUUAGUCCUCCCCCACAGUCCAUGUUCUACGCGUCCCGUGUGUAGCUGGCCAAAGUAUUUCCCUCUCGAGUUGCGUGGGAUCCGUCGCGUGUAUCAUGACCCGAUUUCUUUUCUCAGUUGUUUACUCAGGUGCUUCCUGGGAUAGCUAGGUUUUCCUGUCCGUUGAUUCUUUGUAUGAAAUUGAAUUUUGGUCGAACAAUGUUAGCCUCUCCACGGCAAAAUUUAUUGAGGGGUUCCAGUUCGCUUCCAGUGAGAGUAAGCUCCGGCUUCUCCGAUGCUUCCUAUUCAGCCUGCGGCGCUUAAGAGGAGUCGGAACCUGAGCUGAUUUUUCAUCAGAAUUGGUCGGAAAGUGUUCGUAGAUCGACUUGGAGAGAACUCAAAGUGGUUUGCCUUGCCUUACUAGCCUUCGGGAGCCCUUUACAUAAUCAGUCCAAGGGUUUUUGGUAUUCUGACAACCAUAACGUCUAAACCAUUCUUCGCGACGGCAGCAGGAAACGUGAUCUCCGGGAUUUAGCCCUAGUUGUUUUUCAAAUUUGCUCCCAUCAUUGCAUUUCGUUCGAGGUCACGUGGAUCCCUAGGGACCAGAACGCCAGUGCGGACUGUAUCUGCAAACUCGUUGACUUCGAUGGUUACGGCCUCAACGAUUUCGUUUUUCAAGGGCUAAAUCACCUCUUAGGUCCUUACACUAUUUACAGGUUCGCCUGUAGCUACAACGGCGAGUUGCCUAGGCUUUACUCUCCAUUUUUUCAGCCAGGCUGUUAGGCUGUUUAUGCCUUCGCUCUAAAUUGGAGUUACGAAGACAAGUGGCUUGGCCCACAGGUUUGCCUCAUUGUCAGAGUCAUCAGAAACAUUGGGCUCUGCCGCGCUCACGGGAACCCUUGUUCCUCCCCUAUGGAAGUCAGCUAUUUUCUGGAAUGUUUCUACUAGAGAUGGAGUGCAUUGGAAUAGUUUUGUUCUCGACUAGGUUUUAUUGCCUAAGUUCCAGGGGUUAUUUGUUCUAGGGAAGACCCGUAAUUCCCUUUUCAGAUCCAGGUCUUUAUUUUUUGGCGUCAUAGCGCUUCGAGUUUAUUUUCGGCGCCCCAGACCUCCCUCGUCCCUGGCGGGCUUCUGCUCUACGCCGCCUGACGGAAAGUGUUACCUGUGCCUCUACACGCGUGUUAUGCGUACCUUUAGGUUUGGACCCAUAAGGUUUUUGACCCCCGCCCCCCUUCCGCCCACUCUCCUCUCACUUCCCUUUUCCGGUGUUUUAAGCUCGCUUUUUUUUUUAAUUCUUUUUUAUUUCGUGCUCCUCACAUUUUCUUCUUGUAUUUUCGAUUAUUUUUCAGAUAUGUUCCGCUCUGGUUUCUAGCGCGGGCCCCAGAAUUUCCCACCAGAGGGUUGAAUACUCAGGCUGACAGACAGUCUACAAUGCAAUAGACGGUUCUCUCCUCAAAGGCCGUUAGUACGACAGUGGUGUACCUUCGUGCUUCUCGCAAGUAAAAAUGUUUUGCUGCCAGUAAGCUUCAUCCCUGGGCCUGUCCUGCCAGUCCCUGCUAUGUUGCCUUGUAUUUGCAACACCUCAUUGAAGAGUCGCACUCCCCGUGCGUCGUAGACUCGGCUGUUUACGGUAGUAAAUGGGCUCAUACCAUGGCGGGUAUCCCCUCUCCCAUGGAUAAACCGAUUAUUGAAGGGGUUAGGUGUGCUUCCAAAACGAUUUUAGGUUUGAUGAGGUCUCCAUAAUUAGGGGGAAUUAUAUUUUCAUGAGGGUUUCAUGA